AUGCGAUCGUCUAACAAGCCAGAAAGUGCUCAAGUGUCAAGAAGCACGCGCGCACGUACUCCAGACAUCACCGUAAGUGUUAACUGGGGCGUCCUAGACCAGACUAACAUCUUGGAGGCAAUCAAGGCCCAUAAUGUCAAGACGAAUAGGUCGCUCAUUAGGAAUCAAAAGGAGCUUGCCAGGAGGCUGUACUUUAACACAAUGGACAUAUAUUUAACUGAUCUUUCUUCAGUGUGCUGUUACUUGAAGGGGCUUCUGCCGUUUCGCCACGUUGACCUGCAAGGCAUUCUCAAGAAAAGAGAGCUUGCCCAGCUCUUUUCGUCAAAGAUAAUGGCCAUCUUAUCAAGCGAAGCCAGAAUUCCACUGGAGUUUGUCUCUGAUUCGCCCAUCACGCACAGCCAAAAGGAGGAGCUUGCUGAGGCCUUCCUUGUCAACAGACACGAGAGGUCUCUUGGAGAUGAUAUUUACUCAUAUAACAAGGCAGCAGAAGAGAUCAUAUGUCUGUACAUUUCCGACAUGCGCCAUUUAAACCGGAUAAUUCGCAAACGAGGGCUUUCAGCGCCCGAAAUCACAACAAAGGACAUCAUCGACCCAUCAGGUAAUCUAAAAAACAACAUCUUCACCAAAUCUUUUCGCAUAUUAGUUCCUCUUUCUCUUUCUAGCUUUGGCCGAAGCAAUGUAUUGCGAGAGGACCAGAGUGAGCAUGCACAUGAAGACAUGACUCUUAGAAUUGCUGAUCUGGGAGCAAAUUCUGUUCAGCGCAGCACUGUAUCUAGUGCCAAGCAAAAAGGAUCAGUAACAUUUUCCAUCAAAGAUCCAAGCCCUGGGUCCUAUACCAACCAUCUUAGUGGGGUCUCGCUUUACGGUGAAUCGCUGGCAGAGUUUCAAGAAAAAUUUGACCUGUCCCAGGUGGAAAAAUAUCGAAACCAAGCCAAAGCUCUGCAUUCUGAGCUUCGGGAGAAAGACAUGAUGCUCCAGGAAGCAAACGACACUAUAAGGGAGCUCAGAAGGCAACUUCAAGACUCAGAUGAUGCUAAUGAAGACCUAAGGGCUGAGAAUUUAUCACUUAGAACCGCCAUUGACACUUUAAAGACCACAGCAGAGUAUGAAAGCCUUGAAAAGGAGAACAUCAGGUUACAGGAGAAGCAAGCGGUGUUAAGGAAACAAUUAGAUGACGCACUAAGGCUUACUGGACAAUAUAAGGAGCAACUUUUCAUCCAGAGCCGAAAGUUUGAUACACUCAUCAAAUUUGUUAAUAAGGAGUGCAGUACCUUUAAUGAAAUAGUGACAAAGUAUAACUUAGACAGGGACAUAUUUGAAGUGGAUCCCCACAGUUUUUAUGAUCAGUCCGCAAUGCUCUCCAAAACUCUUAUUAAUACUGACGAUGCAUCUAUAUCAAUACGGGCUUCAACCAUUCUUCGACAUGUGGCUAAGACCAUGCACAGCCUGAUACAGGAGGGAGAAAAACUUGUGCUGAGACUCCGGAUAGGCCCACUCGAUAAAGAAAGACUUGAGGGUUUAAAUGAUGUAAGUAUACUAACUGGACUUGACGAUGUCGUUACGCUACUGUUUGAACACCUGGGCAGGACACUGUGCUAG